CACAUACACACAGACACACACACACACACACACUUCCACGCAGAGACGCAGAAGGCACCGGGGGGAUCUGGGCACCGCAUGCCGGGGACAUGUGGAAGUUUGCGCCGCUGUAGCGCAGCCUGAGAGUCUCUCCGCUGCCUCGUCGCCCUCCUCCCGUCCGCCUGCACGGGGGGGACCCGCGUCCCGCGCCCCGCGUCCCGCCGCACGCCGUCCGCCCAGCGCGAGGACCCCAAUGUGAAUCCACAGAGGGAGAUUUCAGAGACGCACAAUAUUCCGCAGGGGGAGGACAGCCAGACGGAGGACGGCAUCCCGUUGCGUGCAGAGUUUGGUGAGCUCCUCCGGGGGAUUCCGGGGCUUUAUCCCUUCACGCCCUUGUGGUCUCAGUAUUUCGGAGGGUCUCACAUUGGCCCCCCACUUGCCGCAGUGAUGGUGGGAGCUCUGAGUCCCGCUGGCCCCGGCCGUCCCCAGCCGAGCGCGCUGGGGCCGCCGGUGGCCGCCGCGGUCCUGGUUCUGGUCCUGGUCCUGUCCGGCGGAGCGGACGGGCAGCCCUGCCCGACCCAGUGCUCGUGCACCGGGACCACCGUGGACUGUCACGGCCAGGGGCUGCGCAGCGUGCCCAGGAACAUACCCCGCAACGCGGAGAGGCUGGAUCUGAAUGCAAACAACCUCACCAAAAUCUCCAAGGCGGAUUUUGCAGGACUCAGGCAUCUGCGUGUGUUGCAGUUAAUGGAGAACAAAAUCAGCACGAUCGAGAGAGGAGCCUUCCAGGACCUGAAGGAGCUGGAGAGACUGCGCCUGAAUCGGAAUAAUCUGGCCGUCUUUCCAGAGCUGCUGUUCCUGGGAACAACAAAGCUUUACAGACUAGACCUCAGCGAGAACCAGAUUCAGGGGGUCCCACGGAAAGCCUUCAGGGGAGCUGUGGAAAUCAAGAACCUCCAGUUGGACUACAACCACAUCAGCUGUAUCGAGGACGGAGCUUUCCGAGCACUACGUGACCUGGAAGUGCUGACCCUCAACAAUAACAACAUCAGCAGACUGUCUGUGGCCAGUUUCAACCACAUGCCGAAGCUCCGGACCUUCCGUCUGCACUCCAACAACCUGCAGUGUGACUGCCACGUCGCCUGGCUGUCCGAGUGGCUGCGACAGCGCCCCCGCCUGGGUCUGUACACGCAGUGCAUGGCCCCCCCGCACUUGAGGGGGCACAACGUGGCCGAGGUGCAGAAGAAGGAGUUUGUGUGCACAGGUCACCAGUCAUCAUCGUAUUCGUCCUGCAGUGUGUUACAGUGCCCCGAGUCCUGCACCUGCAGUAACAACAUAGUGGACUGCAGAGGGAAGGGCCUGUCAGAAAUACCCACCAACCUUCCUGAGACCAUCACCGAGAUACGACUGGAGCAGAACGCCAUCAAGGUGAUCCCGGCUGGGGCCUUUUCUCCCUAUAAGAAGCUGCGCAGGAUAGACUUGAGUAACAACCAGAUAUCGGAGCUGGCCUCGGAUGCCUUCCAGGGGCUGCGCUCGCUCAACUCGCUGGUGCUGUAUGGGAACAAGAUCACCGAGAUUUCCAAAGGACUGUUUGAGGGACUGUUUUCUCUUCAACUUCUUUUACUGAAUGCCAACAAGAUCGCGUGUCUGCGUGUCGAUGCGUUUCAGGACCUUCACAACCUCAAUCUGCUGUCGCUGUACGACAACAAGCUCCAGACCAUCGCCAAGGGGACUUUUUCCUCACUGAGAGCCAUACAAACGCUUCACUUAGCCCAAAACCCAUUUAUCUGUGACUGCCAUCUGAAGUGGCUGGCCGACUACCUGCAGGACAAUCCCAUCGAGACGAGCGGCGCCCGCUGCACCAGCCCCCGACGGCUCGCCAACAAGCGCAUCGGACAGAUCAAGAGCAAGAAGUUCCGCUGCUCAGGUACUGAGGAUUACCGCAGCAAGCUGGGAGGGGACUGCUUCGCCGACUUGGCCUGCCCUGAGAAGUGCCGCUGCGAGGGCACCACGGUGGACUGCUCCAACCAGAAACUCACCAAAAUACCCGAUCACAUCCCUCAAUACACGGCUGAACUGCGCCUGAACAACAAUGAGUUCACUGUGCUUGAGGCGACGGGGAUCUUCAAAAAGUUGCCCCAGCUGAGGAAAAUUAACCUGAGUAAUAACCGUAUCACCGACAUCGAGGAGGGGACGUUUGAAGGAGCCUUAGGGGUCAACGAGCUCAUCCUGACCUCCAACAGACUGGAGAAUGUACACCACCGCAUGCUGAAGGGACUCAGUGGCCUCCGCACACUUAUGCUGAGAAGCAAUCGGAUCAGCUGUGUGAGUAACAGCAGCUUCGUGGGAUUGAGUUCGGUGCGUCUUCUGUCACUUUACGACAACCAGAUCACCUCCAUGAACCCCGGCGCCUUCGACACUCUGCACUCCCUGUCCACGUUAAACCUGCUGGCCAAUCCAUUCAACUGUAAUUGUCACCUGGCGUGGCUCGGCGAUUGGCUGAGAAGGAAACGCAUCGUCACCGGUAACCCUCGCUGCCAGAGCCCCUACUUCCUGAAGGAGAUCCCCAUCCAGGACGUUGCUGUCCAGGAUUUUGCCUGUGAGGAUGGUAACGACGAGAACAGCUGCUCUCCGGUGCUCAGGUGUCCAGCAGAGUGCUCCUGUCUGGACACGGUGGUCCGCUGCAGCAACAAGGGUCUCACCACGCUGCCUAAAGGCCUCCCCAAGGAGACCACCGAACUGUAUUUGGACGGCAAUCACUUCACUCAGGUUCCUGUGGAGCUUUCCAAUUACAAACACUUAACGCUCAUUGAUUUGAGUAACAACCAGAUCAGCACGUUGUCCAACCACAGCCUCAGUAACAUGUCUGAGCUGCUUACCCUAAUCCUGAGCUACAACAGGCUGCGAUGCAUCCCGGUGAGGGCGUUCGACGGGCUCAAGUCUCUCCGUUUGCUGUCUCUUCACGGUAACGACAUAUCACUGAUACCUGAGGGAGCCUUCAAAGAUCUGUCAUCGCUUUCUCACCUCGCUCUGGGUGCCAAUCCUCUGUACUGUGACUGCCACAUGCAGUGGCUGUCAGACUGGGUGAAGAGCGGCUACAAGGAACCUGGCAUUGCUCGCUGCGCCGGGCCUGGAGACAUGACCGACAAAUUACUCCUCACAACUCCCUCCAAGAAGUUCACCUGCACAGGCCCAGUGGAUAUCAGUAUCCAGGCUAAGUGUGACCCCUGCCUGUCGAAUCCCUGCAAAAAUGACGGCACAUGCGCCAACGACCCCGUGCAUUACUACCGCUGCAGCUGCCCCUAUGGAUUUAAGGGACAAAACUGCGAGGAGCCCAUCCACGCCUGCAUCAGUAACCCGUGUCAGAACGGCGGCACAUGUCAUCUGAAGGAAGGAGAAGGGAGCAACUUUUGGUGUGUGUGUCCGGAGGGCUUCGAAGGCGACGCGUGCGAGAUCAACAUCGACGACUGUGAAGACAACGACUGCGAGAACAACUCCACCUGCGUCGACGGGAUCAACAACUACACCUGCAUGUGCUCACCUGAGUACACAGCUGCUACCAAUGAGGUGGAGAGAGGUGAACUGUGUGAGGAGAAACUGGACUUCUGUGCCCCAGAGCUCAAUCCAUGUCAGCACGACUCAAAGUGUAUUUUGACCCCUCAGGGGUACAAGUGUGAGUGCACUCCAGGCUAUGUGGGUGAGCACUGUGAGCUGGACUUUGACGACUGCGACGACAACAAGUGUCAGAACGGAGGUCAGUGCAUCGACGCUGUGAACGGAUACACCUGCGUCUGUCCAGAGGGAUACAGCGGGUUAUUCUGCGAGUUCUCCCCGCCCAUGGUCCUUCCUCGCACCAGCCCCUGCGACAACCACGAGUGCCUCAACGGAGCGCAGUGCGUUGUCGUGGGAACGGACCCUCGCUGCCAGUGUCUCCACGGCUACGAGGGCGAGCGCUGUGAGACCCUCGUCAGCGUCAACUUUGUCCACCGGGAGUCGUACCUGCAGCUUCCCUCCAACCUGCUCUCGCCACAGACCAACAUCAGCCUGCAGAUCGCUACGGAUGAGGACAGCGGCGUGUUGUUGUAUAAAGGGGACAACGAUCACAUCGCCAUGGAGCUGUACAGAGGACGCCUGAGAGUGAGCUACGACACCGGAUCCUACCCUCCGUCUGCGAUAUACAGUGUGGAGACAGUGAAUGAUGGAAGUUUCCAUGCAGUGGAGUUGGUAGCAUCAGACCAAACUUUGUCUCUGUCCAUCGACGGCGGGCCGCCCAAAUCCAUCAACUCCAUCAGCAAACAGUCCACACUCAAUAUAGAUUCACCACUUUACCUCGGAGGGAUGCCAGAGCGAGCCUCCGCCUCCGGGGGACUCUCGGCCUUGCAGCAUAGCGCAGGCGGGCGCAACGGUACCAGCUUUCACGGCUGCCUCCGUAACCUCUACAUCAACGGGAAGCUGCAGGACCUGGCGGCGGGCCUGGGGCCGGGCGCCCCGGGCUCUGGGGCUUCGCAGAGCACCAGCAGACAGUGGCUGGGCCACGGAGUGGAGCCGGGCUGCCAGCCCUGCCAGAGAGGCGCGUGCGUCCAGGGGGACUGCCACCCGACGGGCCACCGGGGCUUCAGCUGCACCUGCCACCCGGGCUGGACGGGGACUCUGUGCGACCAGCAAGUCAGCAACCCCUGCGACGGCAACAAGUGUAUCCACGGGACCUGCCUGCCGAUCAACUCCUACUCCUACUCCUGCCGCUGCCAGCCGGGCUUCGCCGGCGUCCUCUGCGACGAGCAGGACCAGGAUGCGGCGAACCCCUGCAGUCUGUCCCGCUGCAAACACGGCAGAUGCAGAGUGUCGGGCCUGGGCAAAGCGUACUGCGAGUGUAGCAGUGGAUAUACAGGAGAGGCGUGUGACCGAGAGGUGGCCUGCCGAGGGGAACGGGUCCGAGAUGUCUACCAGAGACAGCAAGGCUACGCGGCGUGCCAAACCCAGGAGAAGGUCUCCCGCCUAGAGUGUCGAGGCAGCUGCCCGGGGGGGGCGGAAGGACCGGGCUCCUGCUGCACCCCCCUUCGCAGCAAACGUAGGAAAUACACCUUCCAGUGCACUGAUGGCUCUUCUUUUGUCCAGGAAGUGGAAAAAGUUGUCAAGUGUGGCUGUACAAAGUGUUCUUCUUCAUAAACAAAAGAAAAAAAAGAAAAAAAAAAAGAGAGCGAGAGAGACAACACCCUCGGCAGAUUUCCUCCUCUCCAGAUAUGUUUGGUGUUCCUGCCCGCCUUACUUGAUCCUUGAUUCACCCUGAAGAAACUCUCCACAGUGCCCCCACUCCCUCCCCCCACGUCCCUGUUUUUUUUUAUCCUGAAAAAAGUUAAAAAAAAAAAAAAAACAAGAGAAACAAAAGGGUUUCUUGUCAGUGCUGGACUGAUGAUCAAUGCUUCCUCGGUGGGGAUGUUGAAUUGUAUUGUAAAGUACAAAAACUGACUUAUUUUUUAUUAUGAAGUGGAGAAAAAGACAGAAAAAAAAUGAAAAAAAAAAAAAAAAAACCACGCCAGUUGACUUUUUCCUGACGUCUCCUCCUUUUCGUUGGUGGUGUGAACCACGCUGUCGCUUCCCCGGAGGACCGACGGGUCGCCGACGGACGGCCGACCUCCCGCACCCUGUCUGUGAGUUGUGCGUUUUUUUUAGGAGUGUAACCUUAACUGGUAGUUCCACAGACUCACCACUAAGAGGAGCUGCGUUGAGUGCAUGGGAGAAGGCGGGCAGUGAUAACUCCCCCCCCCCCCCCCCCCACCACCACCACCACCCUACCCACCUCCCCCCCCCCCCAAACAACACAAGAAAAGCACCACUGUAGUCCUGCAGUCUCCCUCAACACACCUCUUCGACCCUCAGAGACUGUGUGUGUGUGUGUGUGUGAGUGUGUGUGAGAGACCCCACACACAGCGGAGCUCAAGCUUGUGGUAUUUUAUACAGCUACUGAACGACACACGCAUAUAUAUAUACACACACACACACACACUCAUACACCAUAUGCACACACGCACACACUCUCAUCUGUAGAGUUCAGUAUGUUACCUGCCAGGCCAGACACACCACUCUCUGUUCUCCACCCCCAGUCGGUCAUGAAUGGCAAGUAUUUAUUGUAUCAUAAAUACCUGUACUUAUUCAGUAGAUUCCCCAUGUAUCAAUCUGAUUCUUUUAAUAUAUAUUAAUUUAUAUUUGUCCUUAUUUUUGUAUUAAAAGACAUAAUCUGUCAAGAUAGCUGAACUAACAAAAUUGUGUCAUUUAUUUUGGUCGAAGAGAAGGUUUCUUUUUUUUUUUUUUUUUUUUUUUUGGAUCACUGAAACUAUUGUGCUUGCAAGAGACCUUAGUUACAUUUUAAUCUGCAAAUGUGACGUGAAGACAUUGUAUAUUUUUGUCGCGUUUCCUGAGAGUUUGUACUGUGCCAUUACCAGAAGGUCUUUAUAUUAGAGUAUAAAUGUAUAGAUAAUUUCCCUACCUAUGUAUUUCACACACAGAUCUUGUGAGUAGCAUUGACCCUAGAGGAUGCUUAGAACUGUUUUUACCUUUUUAACAAAUUUAUGCUUAAAGAAUACUGUGACUUUUUCUAAAUGAAACUACUUUGUUAGCCCCCUGGUCUCCGAUGUUAACAUGUUGCUGCUAAGUUUUUGUACCGUAGACUUGGAUCCUGAUCUGUAUGUUAUAUAGAAGUUCCUGCUCCUACUGUACUGGGGCACCUUGUGUAACAGAUAAAUAUGUCCUCUUCCCACCUCCACACAUGUGCAUUGUGCUUUAUAUUCCCCCUUCUCCAUCCCCAGACUAAUGUCAGUUCCCUGACUGAUGUUUGUUUAUUAAACACAAUAUUUACCUCA